GUUUACUAAUUCCAGAGGUAUAUCAGUUCUCUGAAGUGGUCAUUUAUUCGCACACUAGUAGGACUCAUGAAAGUUUUUUGAAAGAUAUUACAACCCAGAUAAGAAAAGGCUGGGUUAAUAUGGAAGAUAAUAGAAAAGCGCCACUUAACAUGGACGAAGUGCCAUUUAAAAAAAGGAGGACAGUCGUUGGGCCAUGGAAAGAUAUUAAAGAAUUCAACUCGGUCUAUGAGUGGUUAUACGGUGAAGAAACUGAUAUACCGCUGCAAAAGCGUGCUUUAAGUCAAAUUAAUACCUGGUGCUUGCGCCGUAGUACCCAAUGUCCAGCGGGCGUACUCGCAACCAGAGGGCUUCUCGAAGUAAAACACAAAGACGAAGAACAAGCUCAAAAUGCACUAACUGAGGGCGUCCUACAAACAUUAUAUGCCAGUGCUUUUAUACGUUUCUUCAACUUUAUGUCGUCUACAAUGCAAACACAUAAUAUGCGUACAAUGUACGACACUGCACGAAUGCUGGGACUUCCCUCCUUUGUGGUCGAUCUGCGGCACAUUUGUGCCCACGGCCAAGUGCUUCCACCCCUCGAUGUAUUGCGGAGUUCGGUAACGCACUGUUUAACAUGGCUACGUGAUUACUAUUGGAUUCCGCAACUUGAAACAAUGUGUGACGUAGAUGCGAGUAAAAUACGCCGCAAAGACAAGACACAAUUUGAAGAAAGUGUUACGAAAUUAUUUGUAAUUUAUGAUGCAGCACUAGAGUGCUAUUGCAAAGGCGCGCAUAAUAUGAAGAGUGGCAAACGACAUAUUACUGGCAAGCGAUUGGCACAAUUGAGAGUAUACUACGCGGACCAUAAGCUUACUUCCUUGAAAGAUACUCUGGAGGUAGUAAUAAAUGAGUUAAUAUGGCAAGUUAGACGUGAAAUCGGGAUUAAAGAUAUGCCAGAAAUUUUUAUUGAAGCUUUAUUAAAGAUGAAAUAUUUCUUCUCUGUUGGAGAGUCUCAUAGCUCUGGUGAACCACUUGAAUUUAUUAUUGCCGCAACACAGAACUUCUUCCGAAUGUUGGCCGUUCAUGGAUUCAUUGAAGAUCUAUUCUAUAGCUUGAUAGACUUGGCAGAGAAUACAAUUGUAACAGAAACACGUCGUGCUGGGGCCAGUUUUUGGGCUACCCGAAUAGCUGCGGGCUUUGUGGCGUUCCGUAAAUGCAAACAAAUGUAUAAAAUCGAACUGGAGGAGAAUCCUAAUGCACCCGACGUAGACUUCACAACUUUAAACCAAGAAAAUAUAACGAAAAAAGUUAAAAGAUAUUUAAUUUACGCUGGAGUUGACCUAAAAUGUACACCUAUUUUUGGAGAUUCUAUGCGGCGGCCUUGGCUUUGGAUUGUUGAAAGAAGCUUUGUAGAAAACAAGAUAAGCUCCAUUAAUCAAUAUACAGCGCCAAUAGUUAAAAGUUUGCUGCCACUUGUGGAGCCACCGCUUACAACUGCAGAGAUAAGAGGCAUCUCACAACUUGUCGACGCCUUUUUCGGCAAGAAAGUUGGUCCGAAAAAAGAGGUUAAAAAACCGUCAAACACUGAUGAUACCAUACACACAGCUGCUGAAUUGUUGCAAGCUCUUGGUAAACAGGGCGAGCACGAACCAAUGGAAUGUGAUGUUAACGACUCAGUCGAUAAUAAUAAAAAACGGCCUGGAUUAUGGACGCUUGAGAAUGAUAAUGAAAUAUGCAACUGGUCAAUAUGCCCCUUAGGACGGCUGCCAUGGGAAUAGAAAAGUUUGGAAUGGUUCAUGUCAACGAUUUGCUUUAGAGUCGAACAACUUGUUAGAUAGCUUUGUGUAUUUAGUGUAAAUGAUUAGUAUUUAAAUUAACAUGUAACAAAGUUCCAGCAAAAUAUAAACUUUUAGCAGAGAA